AUUAUUAUUCUCAAAAAAUCAACCCAAACUUGCUGGUUUUUUCCUCUCCAAUUCGACUCCACCUUAAUGGCCCCUGGUUUUGCACCCCCUCCCUCUGUUUAUAAUCUUUCUUACUUUUCCUUUAAUCAAACAGACACACCUUCUUCUCAAAUUCCCAUCUUCUUUCACUCCCACAGAAUACAGAUCUACAGGUGUGCAAUAAGACGUAGUUAACCAACUGUAUUUACUGUGUUCUUCUGCACACAAACUUUGCACACAAGGUGUUUGUUUAAAUACCUCAAAGAGAAGAAAUUUUUAUUUACAAGAUGAAAAUGGAUGGUGGGUUGGUUGAACAUAGGAGAGAGAUUAUUGGCCAUGUUAAUGGUAAGGUUAUUAAGAAGAGAAAAGUGAGAAGGAGAUCAUCUUCUUCAUCGAUUACACCAUCUAAAUCUUUGCAAAGGCUUUAUAGUUUUUGUAAACAAGUUUUUAAAGGUCCUGGUAUUGUUCCUGCUUCUCAAGAUGUUCAAAAUCUUUGCCACAUACUUGAUAGUCUGAGACCUGAAGAUUUCGGACUGAGUAAAGAUCUACAGUUUUUCAAGCCUGGAGGUAGUGUUAAGAGAAAUCCAAGGGUCACAUACACCACAGUUUACAAGUGUCGCCAAUUUUCUUUGGUUAUUUUCUUUCUACCAGCAUCAGCUGUCAUUCCGCUUCACAAUCACCCAGAAAUGACCGUUUUCAACAAACUUCUCUUAGGUGAAAUGCAUAUCAAAGCAUAUGACUGGGCUGAUCCUUUAGAUGUGGAAUGUAGCAACCAGCCUUCGUCAAAGAGGCUAGCAAGAUUAAAAGCUAACAGUGUCUUCACUGCUCCGUGUAACACAUCAGUCCUAUAUCCAACCUCAGGGGGCAAUAUCCAUGAGUUUACAGCCAUAACACCAUGUGCUGUGCUGGAUAUCCUUGGACCGCCUUACUCAAAAGAAGAUGGCCGUGACUGCAGUUAUUACAAAGAAAUUCUGUCCACAUCUCCAGAUGAAGAGUUCGAAGAGCUAAAAGAUGAUGAGCACUCAUACGGAUGGUUAGAAGAGAUUGAGAUGCCAGAAAACUCGAAGAUGGACGGGAUAGAGUAUUUAGGUCCUAGGAUUAUUGAGACCGCGGCCAGCUAACUGCGUUUCUUAUACUUCCAUGUUCUUUUGUUCGUUGUUUGUGUUGUUUACUUUGCUUAUGGAUCUUCUUUCCCCCGCUUUUGUGUAAUCCUUCUGUUGGCUUCUUUGCUUUUGGGGAAAAUGGAUCUGGAUGUUUUUUAAACCACAGGUUAUAAUCUAUCUAUCCGAUAAUAGUGCGUUGUACAUAUACUUUAUCAGAAAGACUAAUGCUUCACUUUA